GCGCUCUGACAAUGAAUGUGCUGAGGACACAUGUUUACAAUGACCGGUGGAUGAGGAAGAAUGGAGCGGGCCCCGAGCAGCGAGUACUUUGCUUCCUGUGCAGAGUGAAGGCAGCUAACAGCAGUCCCUGAAGAGGAGACGAUCUGGAUCCUGCAGAGUCGCAGGAGAAACAUGUAAUCAUUGUUGCGUGACUUAACUCAACUGUACCGAGGACUCGCCUAACCUCUCUGCACACUGCAAAGAAGACAGAGUGAUUGUAAAGACGGUCAGCUCUACUUCAGGAUCCCCUCUCAGAGAUGACUGGUGCCCAGGUCCUGAAAGCUUCGCCCCAGCAGUCAGUAUUUGGUGAGCAGCCUCUGCACAGAAUGACACCCACGUGUAAACUGCCCCGGGGCAUCAUGGGCCCCUCGCCGCCGCCUCAGACCGUCUGGCCUCCCCUGGACUUCGGCUUGGGCGCCGUGGCCUGCUGUGCAGCCUGUGUGUUCACCAACCCUCUGGAGGUCGUGAAGACCCGGCUGCAGCUCCAGGGGGAACUCCGCGCUCGCGGAUCCUACCAGGUCCACUACCGGGGGGUCCUGCAGGCCCUCUGGGUGGUGGGGCGCACAGACGGGCUCCGGGGCCUGCAGAAGGGGCUCUCCGUUGGUCUGAUAUACCAGGCCGUGAUGAACGGCGUGAGGCUGGGCUCCUACUCCUACUGCGAUGCUCUGGGUGUCACCUCGCUCCCCGGGGGCAGCUUGCUGUCCGGGGCGGGCGCCGGCGCUCUGGGUGCCUUCAUCGCUUCCCCUGCAUACUUGGUGAAAACACACCUGCAGGCUCAAACUGUGAAAGCGAUUGCGGUCGGUCACCAGCAUAACCACAUGGGCGUGUCGGAUGCCUUUGUUUCCAUCUAUCGACGGGAGGGGCUGUCUGGUCUCUGGAGGGGGGUGAAUGGGGCCGUGCCUCGCGUCAUGGUGGGAUCAGCUGCCCAACUGGCAACCUUCACCUCCGCCAAGGACUGGGUGUCACGCUCCCAGUGGUUCAGUCCAAACAGCUGGAUGACAGUGCUGAUAGCUGCCAGCAUCAGCGGCGUGGCCGUGGCCGUGGCCAUCACGCCGUUCGACGUCAUCAGCACGCGACUCUACAACCAGCCCGACGAGUUUCGCAGGGGGCGUUUGUACAGCGGACUGUCAGACUGUAUGCUGAAAGUGUGCAGAGCCGAGGGGCCGCUGGGGUUGUAUAAAGGCAUGGGCCCCGUCUUCCUGCGACUGGCCCCCCACACCAUGCUCAGCAUGGUUUUCUGGGACUUGCUGAGGCAGCAGGCAGUGAAACACAACUAGUGCCAA